CGCAGCCCGGGCCCAGCUUUUGUUGGCAGUGCUGACCGCCCGGAGUGCGCUGCUCCCUCGGCUUUUUGGGGUUUUUGUUUGUUUGCCUGAUUUUUGGAGCGAGCUUGCGAGCCUGGGAAAGGCGCAGACGCCAUCUACAGUUGAAACGACGGUAACUGCCUUCUCCGGCACCCCCCUCUUCCACGCCCCCCACCCUUUCCACCAAAAAAGGGGGUGCCGCGCGGAUUCCGCCUGGUGCGUCGCGAGUCGGCAGACCCGCGCGGAUCCCCUGCUCCUUUUUGUCUGCCUCUGCCGCGUGGAGAGUCAGCCGCCGCCGCGCGCCCCAAGACCGCACAAACUGGAGUCGGGCUCCUGCGCCCCGCGCUGCGACUCGGAAGCCCGUGCGGGGACGGCUUCGGGACACCCGGCGCCGCGGCUCCCCACGCCAGCCACCCGGCGGCUCUCUGGGGCCGCGCCGAAGCCGCUGGAGCGAGGGGGAAGCCUAGCGUGGCUCUCCUGCGCGCCGCCCGCCGCUGUGGGGUCCACCCCCAUCGCGAUCGCACGGUAUGGGAGACCGCGGAACAAAACCCAGGAUUUCGAGGAGCUAUCGUCCGUGAGGCCCGCCGAGCCCAGCCCGAGCUUCUGCCCGAACCUCGGUUCCCCCAGCCCGCCCGAGACUCCGAACUUGUCGCAUUGCGUUUCCUGCAUCGGGAAGUACUUAUUGUUGGAGCCCCUGGAGGGAGACCACGUUUUCCGAGCGGUGCAUCUGCACAGCGGAGAGGAGCUGGUGUGCAAGGUGUUCGGUAUCAGCUGCUACCAGGAGUCGCUCGCCCCGUGCUUCUGCCUGUCGGCGCACAGCAACAUCAACCAAAUCACCGAGAUCCUCCUAGGGGAGAGCAAGGCCUACGUGUUCUUCGAGCGGAGCUAUGGGGACAUGCACUCCUUCGUCCGCACCUGCAAGAAGCUGAGGGAGGAGGAGGCCGCCCGGCUCUUCUACCAGAUCGCCUCGGCCGUGGCCCACUGCCACGAUGGCGGGCUCGUGCUGCGCGACCUCAAGCUGCGCAAGUUCAUCUUCAAGGAUGAGGAAAGGACCCGGGUGCAGCUGGAGAGCCUGGAAGACGCCUGCGUCCUGCGGGGCGAUGACGACUCCCUGUCCGACAAGCACGGCUGCCCGGCCUACGUGAGCCCCGAGAUCCUCAACACCAGCGGCAGCUACUCGGGCAAGGCGGCCGACGUGUGGAGCCUGGGGGUGAUGCUGUACACCAUGCUGGUGGGCCGCUACCCCUUCCAUGACAUUGAGCCCAGCUCCCUCUUCAGCAAGAUCCGGCGCGGCCAGUUCAGCAUUCCCGAGGCGCUGUCCCCCAAGGCCAAGUGCCUCAUCCGGAGCAUCCUGCGGCGCGAGCCCUCGGAGCGGCUCACCUCCCAGGAGAUCCUGGGCCACCCGUGGUUCUCCACGGAUUUCAGCGUCUCGAGUUCGGGAUACGGUGCUAAGGAGGGCUCAGACCAGCUGGUGCCGGACGUCCACAUGGAGGAGAACUUGGACCCGUUCUUUAACUGAGCGCCUGCCGCGGUCUCCAGCAGGCACCCGGACCGAGAGACGGCAUCGAGGGGAGCGCACGGCGCCUGGCUCGGUAGCGAGAAAGACACAUGUCUGGGUUCAAGGAAGGAAAAGCGCCAAGGAGCUGACUGCACAUGUAGCAUCGGGGCUGGAGGCGGGAGGCAGGUGGGGCUCCGUGCUCAGGGCGGGUGGACGGGGUGGAAAGCUGGAGGGAGCCCGGAGCCCCCCGUCCCUGUGCAGCCUGGAGCCCGCCCCUGCGAGCCAGGCGGCUUCCACCUACCCCACUUCCUGUUUUGCUCAAAAAUAGUUGCAGAUCCUGACAAAAUUGAAACUCUCUGCCUCAAACACUCAUCUUGGCAUCGCACUGUUAGCAUUUAACUUCUCGUCAUGAUUCAGGGAAGGUACAAUUGGCCGAGGAUUUCUUUUUUCUUUUCUCUUUUACAACAAGCCAACCACCUAGCUGAUAAUUAACGGGGUUCACUUAAAAAAUUCGGUGCACGCAGACUGACAAGAAACCUGGGUGCUAAACUAAAAGCAAACAAAAGUCCGGUUUGUGUCUCCUAAUUGCUCUCUUCAGCUCAUUUCUUCUAAAUAAACUGUUUAACAUCCUGGUCAGGAAAUGACACAUUAAUGCUUUGCUCCCCAAACGGGGAAAAAUCUGUCUUUUAACAAGCUCUUCUGUUUUAUGUCAAUUGGUUGUGACAGGAAGCUAUUACAAGUUAGAUUUCCAGAUGCAUUACUGCUAUCACAGUUUAAGGAAAGGAAAAAAGAAAAGGAAAACUGAAAUUCAACUCCUUCCUAAUCUUUUUCUUUUGAGCAGCGAGGGUUUGACUCACAGGCCUUCCUUUUUGCUGUGACAAUGACAGCGGCCCAAGAUGGCAGGAUUCUCUUGGAAUUGUGAGCUUUUGCAAAUCUCUGGCCUCAGCUAAAUAUUCUCUUUGUUUUAUUGGAAACAAGUGAAGCAGAGCAGGUUGUCACACACUCACAAAAUGCAGGGCAGCUAUUUUGUUCUCUUUACAAAGAAUGGUCCUUUUGGCUUGGAAGGCCCUCUGAUUUGAAAAAACAAAACAAACCCUUUGUAGAGACAAGUGGGAAGGAGAAAAAGCUGAAAGUGAGGAUGAUAUAAAUACAAACAGCUCUCUGUCCCAAUACGCACCUUCGUAUUUUCAAGAACUCUUCUAUUUAUUAAGGAAAAUGUCACAUUGUGAUGUAUUAAGCCAGUACUUCAAUUACGGGUUGACUUGGGAUGACGUUACAUGCCGUAGUUAACAUUCAUGAUUUUUUUUUUCUUGUUUGAGUAUUUCUGUCCCUGAAAUAACCCUUUAUUUGGCUUUUCUUGGUAGCUUUCUUUGAUUUCGAGUGGCAAAUGUUUAUUACUGCUUUUCGAUUGCUGUAUGAUACAGAAGCCUUUGGCAUACCUAUUUGUGUCUCCAGUACCUCAGUUGUUUGCCUCUUACUGCCUGUAUAUGUUUUGUGAAAUGGUCCUGUUUUUGGGUGGGUAACAUGUGGACUCUAGUAUGUAAAUGUUACUUGAAUCUGUGCUUAAUUCUCGUCCGUGGCAUGUGUGUGGAACCCGAUGUCCACGCCACGUGGCAGGAGCAGCCGUCCCUGUCCGCAGGAGGACACACCCCACGCUCAGCCGGGAGCCUGCGGCCAGGCACUGCCCGUGGUUCCGUUCUGGUGAUGGAGGCCGUCAGGGAGAGGGGCUUUGUCACCUUCUGUGGAUGGUGCUGUGUCAAGAAGGACCUUUCUCCCUCUCCCCUACUCUAAGUACCGUAUAGGAGGAGAGAUUGGGGUGUGCAUGGUGGGGACCGAUGGCCUCUGGUGCUUUGUCAUGUUUUUGGUUUAAUGUUUUUGUCCUAAUCUCUUCAAUAAAUAAAAUUGUGCGUAUUUAACUAA